UGUCCCAAUAAACUCAAUGAGGAAAAAAAAUGAAAAAAAACCCUUCACUUAUUAAGAUUAAUCUAGGAUGUAUUUCACAGAAACAUGAAGGUAUAAGUGAAAAUGGAAAGACAUGCAAAGGGAAAUGAGGGCAAGUGUAGCUGUUUGACAGGAGCUGGCCCAGGUACAGUUCAGGAGCUGGCCUCUUCUGUGGACUCUGGAGCUCCAUCCCCUUAAGGGCAGCUCUAGUGCCCAGCCAUGAUUUCCACAACCCACAUGCUCAGGUGUAAGUGGUGAGCCCCUGAUGGGAAGUAUGCGUUUGAUACCUAUGUGCUGAAAAAGCAGACAACAAUAUACUCUCUUUAGCAAGGAAACAAUUUGCCUGAGAAGCCUGCAGCAGUGGGAAUGUCUCCCAAAAUGUGCAUAUUGAAAUUUAAUCCUCAUUAUGGUCUUAUUAAGAAGUGAGGCCUUUUUAGGAAUGAUCAAAUCAUAAGGGUUCUGUCCUCAUGAAUGAAUGAGAACCUUAUAAAAGGCAGAUCAAAUUGAAAAUAGUUUAUAUAUUUGAUCACUUAAUUAUUCAUGGAUAUAUAACUUUAUCAAAAGUCAAAUAUCACAUUUUUACAUAACAAAAGUUACUGUGUAAAUUUGAAACUUAACUUUUUUUUUUUUUGGUACUGGGGAUCGAACUCGACCUUGUGCUUGGGAAGCAGGCAGUAGCACCGCUGAGCUAAAUACCGGGCCCCAGAAACUUAACUUUUAAAACCACAUAGCAAUAUUUUGUCAAAACUAACAAAUUUAAAAUCCUUUUGUAAAAUCAGAAUGUUUCUGUUGGGAUUAGGCUUUGCAGGUAUCUGUGCUUUCUUCUCCUUUGGAAAACUUUUUGGGAUCUUCUAGCAGAACCCUUAGGUUAUGGACUUUUCAACUAGGCAUAAAGUUUGGAUUGCUCUUGUAUUUUAUAAAUUUAACUCUUUUGAACACUGUCACUUCAUGCCAUUGGAAUUGUGGCCUAAUACAAAGAUGAAAAUGUCUCUGUUUUGCUUCCAACAUUAUUUGCUGGUGCUUAGCAUUUUGUGCUGUAUAAAAUAGCACAAAGAAAGAUGGAGAUAGUUUGCUUUGCAAGGAAGCUAUGCUUUCUCUCUCUCUCUCUCUCUCUCUCUCUCUCUCUUUUUAAUAAGAAAGUACAUUAAAAAGUUUUCCCCUGUAUGCCUACCAGCUGAGAACUGAGAUCCCCUCAAUUUCUUCCAGCUAUAACAUGACAUUAUUUUUAGCUUAGGAUUCACAAAGUACAUAAGGAAAGAUGCUAGAAUCCUUUAAACAUGUAAGGGUGUUGGGUCACUUGACACAACCAGUUAAACCAGUAAGACCCUAUAAAAUGGUUGUAGCUAUGUGGUAUAAUGAUCAGACAGGACCACGGCCGAUUUGAAUCAGAGCUUCACAGGAUGAGCCUGAAUCUCAGCAAUAUUGUGUCUUCUCUGCGGAGAAGUGGGACAUUUAUCAAUUCCUUGAUUGCAGGUUUGACUGUUGGUGGACAACAACUGUUCUCCUCUUAUACAUUCAGAUGUCCCUGUCAGGUUGGGAGAAAUUUUUAUUAUGGUUCAGCUUUUCUCAUUGUUCCUGCCUUGGUGCUUCUGGCUGCUGGCUAUGCUCUGAGAGGCCAAAUGUGGACAUUUUCCAGCAAGUACUGCUGCAGCUGUGGCCCUCCACAGCGGAGAAUCAGCCCCCUGGAGCGCAGACUGGCUUGCCUUAGAUUCUUCGGCAUCACUGGCAGGGCCCUUGUUGCUCCGCUCACCUGGCUGGCAGUGACACUGCUGAAAGGCACCUACUAUGAAUGUGCAGCAAGUGAGUUUGCAUCUGUGGACCAUUACUCAGUGUUUGAUAAAGUCACGUCCAGCAAACGAGAAGAGCUGCUAGCUGGAUUUCCAUGUGAUAGGCCAUCAGCUUCUUCUGACAUGAUCCUAGUAAGAGAUGAAGUAGCUCUUCUGCACAGAUACCAGUCACAAAUGCUGGGCUGGAUUUUGAUCACCUUGGCAACCACUGCUAUACUGGUCUCCUGCUGUCUGGCGAGAUGCUGCUCUCCUCUCCCCAUUCUGCAGCAUCACUACUGGACCCACCACCUAGAAAAUGAGAGAGAGCUCUUUGAACAGGCAGCAGAGGAACACUCCCGGCUCCUCAUCCAGCAACGCCUAAAGCAAUUAUUUGGCUUUGUUCCUGGGAGUGAAGAUGUCACACAGAUUCGAAUCCCUUCAUGUCAGGACUGGAGAGAGAUUUCAGCACCCAGUGUUCUGUGCAUGGAGGAUGCCACUCAAAGUCUGUACAGCUCCCUUGGAGAGAGGGUGGUCGGAGAUAGUGAGGAAGAAAAAUCAGGAGGUAUUGAGUUAAAACCUUGACAAGAUCACCUUUCACAGGUCCAGUUGCUUAGUGGGUACUUAAUUUUGAGGACAUUUUUAGAUUUUUCUAUUUUUGAUAUUUGUUUAAAGAAGCCCAUCCAUCAGUGCCAGUCAAUUUAUCUGAUAGCUGUGCCAGUCUAUCUUUCUGAAAUUUCAUUGAAGGUGUGGCAAUAUCUAUUGAGUCAUAUUGGUCUAAUUAAAAAAAGCACUUCUGCUAGCUACUUAUUGGACUUGAGUUCUUCAUGUAUUCUAGUAUUAAUCCUCUAAUAUCUAAUACAUACUAAUAUCUAGAAUAUAUCAAGAACUCAAAAAAUUGAACUACCCCAAGUAAAAGAUCUAAUCAAAAACUGAGCAAUCAAAAUAGACACUUCUUACAAAGAGAAGUACAAAUGACUAAUAAGUACACACAAAAAAAUGUUCAGCAUCUCCGCCAUUAGAAAAAUGCAAAUCAAAAUAACACAGAUUCCAUCCUAUAUGACUGAUAUCAUCAAGAACUCAAAAAAACAACAAAUGCUGGUAAGGUUGUAGGAAAAGGGAACCUUUCUACAUUGCUAGUGGGAAUUUGAAUUAGUACAACCAUUAUGAAAAUCAGUUUGAAGAUCCCUCAAAAAACUCAGCUGUACCUCUUCUGUGGAAUCUUAAAUAAAAAUUAUACAAGAUGUGAUACAUAUAUGUAUCAAUUCCCCUAGAUGUAAUUAUUAUGUAUCAUCCACAUAUAAAGAAAAAAUAUGAAAUUUUUUCAUUUUAGUUUGCAUCUCGGUUCUAUUACUUAGAAGCUGUGUGAAAAUUAAUAUUUAAUAAAGUAAGAGUAAUAAAUGUCACUUCUUCCCUUCUUUGAAUUCCAUGCCUUCUAUCACUUUUUUCUGUCCCUUUAAUUUCCGGCUUUCCCUAUUUCUAACUUUACAUAAUAUCCAGGAAAAUUUCAUUAUCUUCUCUUUCUUCAAGCCUGAAUAUCUGACAUCUUGGGGAGCAGGAUAAAAUGCUCUUUCAAACCUGCUGACACAUUACGAAGGUGUUGUCAUCCAGCCAUAAUCAAGAAAAAACACGAUGCACUGUUGUUUGGUCAGCAGUACCUUAAAUGUUAUUUGCAGCAACUCCAUUAUAGGAUAGUUUUUAUGGCUAGUAUAUAAAAUUUAUUCUAGAGGGCUUUCCCUCUGUGUUCCACUGUGUACUUUUCUCUUCCAAAUUGUACCUUUGCCAUUAAGUCUGUGUGAGGAACUAAGACUGAAGUUUAUAUUUGUAUAUCUAUUACUAGAACUCCAAAGGUGGUAAUGCCUGCUUGACUUUCAUGGCCUCACUGUGCUAAAUGCAACCUCCAUUAUUGGACAAUUUUCUAUAUCUAGAGUAUUUCAAAUACAUAUUGCAUCUCAUGCCUGACUUUUGCCAUGUUCACCUAAGCAACUAGCUCACUGGCCAAACUGUACAAUAUGAGGGCUUUAUUUAUUCAUUUUUAAGCAAAAGCAAUGAUUUCUUACUAUCAAUAGAACAAAUGCCAGUGGUCAAUUUGACUUUCAAGAUUCACCUUCAAGGAGACCAAAUAAUUUGGUUAUCUAAUACAUAAACUACCAUUUCCCUGGUGUUUCUACACAAUUACUGAAGAUCUCAUAUGAAUCAAAUUGAGUCUUUCGACAAGUAGAAAAUAUUAGGGUUCCCCCCAUAAGAGAUUGCUGAGAGUAGGUCAGGAGAUGUAUCCUUCCCUCACUAUUACCUAUUAGUUUAACUAUGCACAAACUAGUUCAUCUCUGUGUAUGUUAACUGUCUCAUGUAUAAAAUAAGGCUAAUUAUAUCCUAUCUUCUGGAAGGCAAGAAAGAAAAUUAAAUGAAUUCUUGAGAUCCUUUCUAAAUUGGUCAAGAUCUUCAUGUUGACAGGUUAAUAGGUCAAUAUAUUUAUGAUCUUUUAACAUCAUAGUAGACCCAGGUUGCUUCUGGAAGAAAGUAUCAUUGAGUUUGAUUUUGAAUUUUCUCUAGAGAUAUCCAUUAGCAUUCUGCUUUUUAAAGAGUAUUAGUAUACUAUUUUUCAAAUGGCUAAGAAAAGCAUCAACUAUUAUGUGUUGAUAUGAACUUACAAGAAUAUUUUAGAGACAAGAUAGAAGUAUGUUGUGGAAGGCAACUAUGGUUCUAGUUUCCUCUGAUACAUGAGCUGGUCAACAUGGAGGGUUUUAACCAUUUGUUCUCAACGUCUUCUCCAGCUCUAAAAUUCUAUAGCUCUAUAUGCAUGAGAGUUUUAAAAAUUCUCUAUACUGGACUUACUAUUUAAAUGAACCCUUUAUACCAUGCUCGGAAUUUGUUUAUUCGUUUUCACUGUACCACACAGUAAAGACUCUUCAAUAAGAUUUUUAACUAGCGGCAAAAUCAAAGAUUGUAUAAAAUUAUAGCAUUACAUCAUCAGAAAGGAGUUUGUUGUUUAUAACUAAUACCAGGAAACUUUGUUUCUACUGACUUCUGAAGAUCUUUCUACAUCAAACUCUUUCUGAGUAUGGCAUAUGGUGUUAUACUUUGAGACAGUGAAUCAUGACCUUCUAACAUAGCUUUCUGGUAAAAGGGUAUAAUUUUUUGGCUCUUCUACAUGGCUUCAAACUGUUUUAUGAGAUGUACAUAAAUAUUUAAAGGGUAGUACACAUCUUUGGGAUCUCAUUGUGCAUUAUUCAUUUCAAAUGUUAUAAAUUUAAUUAUAUUUUUUGUCUAUUUUUUUGUUCCACAGCCAGCUAAAUAAACUUCUCCCAUAAAGUUAUAAUACUCCCCCUUUUAUGCUUACCAGACUUAUAUCAUUAUAAAAUAUAUCAUUAGAAUUAAUUAUGUGCUAAUACUACCUUAUAUUUUGCUGCCAAAUGCUUUUGGCCACCACAUCAAAUUCCGUGCCUGAUAGACAGAGGCUUGCUGACUUAAUUGCAAUUCUGUCACCUCCUGUACUCUCCCCCACAAUCUAAAUUGUUCCUUCAUAUAUGCUUAACUCAGGAUUUCUUUAUAUUUUCCAAACCUGAAUUGUAUACAGCUAUGCUUACACUCUGUCAUCCUUGUUUCUUUUCUGUUCCCAGCCUCCAACCCCAUUAAAAAAAUCAAAUUCAUGAUUGUAAUACACAAUAAUAUGUUUUUAAAACUGUUGUCUCGCAUUUGGAUUGUACACAAAGGGAAAGCACAUUUACCUGCAAACUUCCAAUUACCAAAGGCUUAAUGGAUACAAGACUAGGUAGGUUUGUACCAUAUCAAAAAUAAGAGGUAUCAAGAGGCAGUUUUAGCUUCAAAAUAAAGUCUACCAAAAUUUAGCUCUGGUAGAUAGUGGUAGGCAGAGGGGAGCCACACAACUGCUUCCAUUAUUGCAGAAACAUAAAUCUGUAAAUGUGUCUCUUGGAAAAAAGAGACAACGGAUGGCCUUUCCUGAGAGGCAAACUGCAUUAUGCUCGACCUGAAUUACUUUUUUGUACUAAGCAUUAAGUGUAUUAAACUUCUCUAAUCUCAGUACACCAGAACUUCAGGAAGAAAAUGGAUUUCAAAUGUAGUUUCCUCUGCUGCCACCCAGUGGUCUAUGCUGGUGUAUGCAUGCACCUGCCGUGGUGACCCCCAAUCCAGAUGUUAACAUCUGUAAUCCAAAGAUCUGAAAUUGCAAAUGCUCCAAAAUCUGGAACUUUUUGAGCAUCAACACAAUGCAUUGGGGAUACUCACUGAGAUCGGUGUAAACGCUCAAAUCUAAAAAAACAACAAA